AUUAAUUCGAGUUGAGUGCACUUGGCUUGUAGUCACAUGGUUUAGGAGCUUAGCAGAACGGAUAUAAUGGAUGCGAAUGAUAUUCAAAUCGACAGCUGCUUCCAAAGUGGGACGCUCUACCUCCAGAGCUUUGUCGACUGACGUUGGAGACUAAACACAACAUGGUUCCCACAAUCUACGUGAUUUUUGCCGUGCUAGCUGCUGUUAUCUGUGUGAUAGGCGCUUCUUUAAACAGCCUCGUAUGCUUGGUGUUUUACAGAACCAAAAAGUUUCUCAAUGCCCCGAAUAUUUUUAUUGCAAGCGUAGCUCUGAGUGACUUGUUAUACUGUGUUACUUCUCUGCCGCUUUUGGUCGUCACAAACAUUCAUGGCAGAUGGAUCUAUGGAGACUACGGAUGUAAAGCGACAGCUUUUAUCGCCACAUGGAGUGGUCUCACUUCAAUAAUGAACCUGUCACUUGCAGGGUACGAGAGAUACAUCGCACUGGUGUUCCUUUAUAAAAGUCAGCAAACUUUUACACGUAGGAGAGCAAUUCGUGCUACGGUCGCAAUGUGGCUGUAUGCUCUGUUCUGGGCCAUAAUGCCCUUGUGUGGCUGGUCGGGGUUUGAACAAGAAGGAAUAGGCACAAGCUGUUCAUUAAGAUGGAAAUCGCGAGACAAGCUGGACUUGUCUUACCACACAUGUUUAAUAUUUGCUUGUUAUGUGUUACCAGUGAGUAUCAUGAUCACUUCUUACCACAAAUCAUGCCGUGAAUUAAACAAAGGGGCAAAACGAGCAAAAAAGACCUGGGGAAAAACAUCGCCCUUCACAAAGAAAGCCCUCGAAAUGGAACGAAAGAUGGUAAUACUCUUCGGGGCAAUGACCAUAGCAUUCCUUGUGGCCUGGACACCAUAUGCAGUCGUGUCUCUUGUAGCAAUGAUCGCGGGCCCUGACGUCAUUAGUGAUGUUACAGCAUCUAUUCCGGCAUACGUUGCAAAGUCAUCGGUCUGUUACAACCCUAUUGUUUAUGUUUUUCUGUACAAAAAGUUACGUCAGCGGAUGAUUGCUAUUGUGCUGAGGCCCAAAGAUUCAUUUACGAGUAGUUCUCGGAACGAAUCGCGUUCGGGUGACCAUCUCAACCUUAGAAAGUUGUCCUAUAAAAGAACAGACGGAGAUAAAACUGAAAAUACGAGCAAUCCCAGUUGAUUGGACCUUAUAGAGUGAAAUUUUUUUUUGGAAAACAAUACAAGAAUUGCUUUCAGCAUAGUUGAUAGAGGGAACUAUGCUUUCAGCAGUUGGCUUAUCGUGAGGAGAUGACUCAGUAGCGAAGAUCAAGCAACAACUAGAUAUUCAAAAUAGAAAAAUUACGCUCCAAAUCUGUUCUUUGAGCGGUCUCACCGUGGGACGACAUUUUGAAUGAAUGAUUUCUACAUUUUUACUCAGUUUUCUUCUUUUUUCGGUAUUUCAUGUGAUGUAGUUCUGUUCACUGCAACGAAGGGGUCAUUUGAACUGAAAAACCAUUCUCUUGCAAUUUGCCUCGGUGAUAACAUCUUAAAUCAUUCUCUAUCGUUUGCGAAAAAGCGGUUAUCAAAAGUUUUUAGCUGCAUAUUUUUUUAUUUGAUAUGAUGAAUUGUUCGUUUAAAUUUUGUUGUAUUGCACAUUUUCAUAUGAAUAGCUUUCCAAAAGGUGAGUUGUUCA